CCGACACCGGCAGCCUGAUGCUCAGUGCGCCCUGUCAUUUUAAUACUGAAACAAUUACACGUUUUUGGAUGUGGUCUGACAGUUUGUGUCCUUAUUCGAGUAGAAAACGUGUUGCCGUGUUAACGAGGCAAAUUACCCGGAAUGAGCUCUCUCUACGUGCAGUGUAGGAAACAAACAGACGCCUGUGCUGCCUUCAGCUUCCAGCAGCAGACGGAGGACAUUUAAGUAGAUAGGCUUUAUAUAUUUACUGUUUUUUAAUGUCUACUGAUAGCUGACUGGGAUGGCAGGAAGCCCUGACAACAAAGAUGAAGGGGGCCUCAGGGAUCCAAUGGUUCGUUUCCACAGCUACUUGCACGGAGGGACCUCCAGCCUGCUAUCCACCCUCGUUGUCUUCCCUGUCUACAAAACUGUUUUCCGUCAACAAAUCCACAACACCCCGGUUCAGCAGGCCGUGGGACAGCUCCUCAAAGAGGGACCUGUGAAGCUCUACAGGGGCGUGGCCCCACCAUUACUGAUGAGGACCCUGAAUGGCACGCUGCUCUUUGGCCUCCAGGACACCCUCCUCCGCCAGCUCUCCCUGUCAUCCCAAAAUGUCCUCUUCACCCCUGCCCUGCCCGCUCUGGCUGGGUUUGGCGCAGGUAUGGUAGAAGCUGUGGUUUUUACCCCCUUUGAGCGCAUCCAGAAUGUGUUGCAAAAUGGCCAAAACGACCGCCAUCUACCCACCCUGAAGAGUGUUCUUGUCCGGCUGAAGGCACAGAGGCCGGCCUCAGGGUUCUACAGAGCCUUGCUGCCCAUCACAGCCCGCAACGCUCUCGGCAGCUCCCUCUACUUUGGCCUGAAGGGGCCGGUGUGUGCUGUCGUGGAGGCACAGGGGCUUUCUCCAGUGGUUUCCUCCUUCAUCUCGGGGACGCUGACCUCCAUGGCCAUCAGCUUGACCCUUUACCCACUGUCGGUGCUAGUGGCAAACAUGCAGGCACAGGUGGGAGGAGAGGUGAAAGGGGUGAUGGCUUGUUGGAGGAUUCUGUGGGAAUCUCGACAGCGGAGCGUUGCUCUGCUGUACAGAGGAGGUUCACUGGUUAUUCUGAGGUCAUGCAUUACAUGGGGAAUCACCACUGCUAUCUACGACAGGCAGCAGAAACGUUCAUGUUAAAGAACAAAAUGAAACAAUAGUUUUUACUGUUUGUAUUGGUUUUAAUCCAGAAAAAAAACGUUUUCAUUCUGAAACCACGACCAAUGUAUCAGAAGGCACAAGCAAGGUCACGUUACUACUGCCAGGACUUGAACUGCGGUUUCUAAAGGGUGGUGGCCAAGUAUUUAUCAAGAACCAAAGUUAAAUAUAUUGAUAACAUAAAUGUGGUGCUGGUGAAUCAGGUGCCUUGUAUUUAUACUUUCUUAAUGGGGAAUUUUACUCAUCAAAGUCAGUUUACUCAUCAUACUCAGGUUAUCAACAGUUGAGUAAUGUUCUCUGUGGCUUUGGAGUUACUUCGCUUAUUUGUUAUUUGCAUAUUUUUGGUCAUUUUUGUUUUUAUUUACAUGUAGAAAGAAGAAACUGCAGGAAAGAAAUGGGGAAUAAACAACAUCCAAUAAAGUUCAACAGGAUGCCCAACGAGUUCCACAGCCUGAUGAUCUGAUUUGGAGACUACAAAUUAUAGCAGAAAAACCCUGCAUUACAAAUUGGGUGGUGGAUUUAGAUAAAGACGGUUAUUUACCAGCUAGGCAACAAUGAUGUUUUCAAUAUGGAAUAAAAGUAGGAUCCAUACAUGUUUUGGGCUGGAUAAGGCACUAAAGAUCAGGAUAUCUUGACCACCUGUCUCUGUUGAAGUGCAAUACCAAAUCACUGUAGUUUAACUGCAUAAAGGGAGAUAGAUGCAUGUUUAUGGUGUAUUGUCAAUACAUUAUUGAAUAUUUUGUAGGAAAUAAAUAUUGCAUGUGAAUUAAAGGACUUGCAAAAAAACAAGAUAGGCACUCCCUGUGUGGAGUUAGUAUGUUCUCCCCGUGUCUGCAUGGGGGUCCAUAGACAUUCAGGUUACGUUAGUUGGAAACUAACUAAACUGUACCCUGCCUCUCACCUUGCACGUGGGCCACCUCCAGCGCCCUGCCAUGAGCCAAUGGAUAGAAUAAACAAGUGUUUUUACAAUGUAGCUGAUUAAAAACAACUGUUUUACUGUGAAAUAGAAACGUCUGUAAUCGCCAAGUAUUCCUGUGAAAUGAACAGGGAAUGACAUGAUAUUAAUUAUUGCAGAAUACAGAUUUUUUUUUUUCCCCCUCAAACUGCAUUCAUAAAUAAAUGUUAUCCAUCAUGCAUUUAAAAAGUUUCUGUGAUCUGUGAUUUUUGUCAAACCAUGUCAUGUCACAACUCGUCCAUUAGAUGGUGCGCGCGUGUGUGUGUAAAAUAAAAAAAUCAGCCAGAUCCCCUAUAAUGGAAGCUCAGUAGUUGUGCUUUACUUUACGCAGGUGAGGGGAGGAACAACUGA